AGAGAAAGCCAACCCAUUCGUUCCAGGCCUCUCUCUAUAAAUAAGCUCCGCUUGACUUCCUUGCAGCAUAUAACACGGCGAGGGGAACAAUGGCGAGUUCUCUCAAGCUCUUCUUGGCCGCUGCUCUUCUUCUUUGCAUCAUUACUGGAGUUCGUGCAGGCCGAGGAGCAUCAUGCAGCCCAUCUGACAUUACCAUAUCUCAGACGAGGACAGGAGGCAUCGUCGAAGGGAAGCCGGAGUACGAGGUGAUGGUGAGCAACAACUGCAAGUGUUUGCAAUCCCAGGUGCUGCUGCAGUGCUACGGCCUGAGUAGCGUCGAGCCGGUCAACCGCCUUGCCAUCAGGCCGGUGGAUGAGGAGAGGUGUAUCGUCGGUGAUGGUCGGCCGAUCUCGAGAAGGACGCCGGUCAAGUUCAAGUAUGCAUGGAUGACACCCCAAGACUUCCCUGUGAUCAGCACUCGAAUCCAGAACUGCCACUGAAGAAAGACUAUGCUCCUUCUGUUCAUGAUCUUUUUCUUUUUACUGUAGCAAAGGGAUGAAAACCUGUCCUUUUGAAUUGGUAAUGCAUAGCUGUAAAAUGCAGCAAGAGGAGGCUCGCGACAAGUCCAAAAA